AUGACAUCGACGACCAUAAUGGCCCCCAAGAAGUAUACCUGGAUAGCCCUCUGGUUCCUCAUCACUGCGCCCAUCAUCCUAUGGGACGCGGGAUACGUGCUCAUGAGACCGCGUUCGAUGGAAGGAGGCGACCUGCGUUGGCUUUGGAGCGGGUUCGAUACCUAUGAACGAAUUGACAACGUCUACAGCGUCAAGGGAUACCAUGACAAGGCGGGCUUUGCCCCUGCUGCGGCUGUGUCCAACCUCGUCGAAACCUCGUUAAACUUGAUCUACAUCUACAGAGUCUAUAUUUCUCCUCGGAACACAGCACCUAUCUUCGGGUUCGCAGGUGCCGGACUUACGCUGGCCAAGACCACGAUAUGGGUCCUGCAAGAGCACUUCUGCGGACGAUGCUCCUAUUUUGCUGGUAGGACCGACUUUCAAGAGACGCUGAAGUUCUGGAUAGCCCCGAACGUGGUUUGGUUUACCUUCUGUUCAUUGAUUGUCGCGAGGCUGGGAAGAGAUAUCGCGUCUUCUCUGAAUGCGUACGGCACACCUCAGCCCGAACAGGCGAACAAACGAGUCCAUAACGAGUAA